AGCCGUCCGGCAGCUGUGAUUGGUGCUGGACAAUAAGCAGGUGUAUUCCUGACUAAUCCAAUUUUAGCCCUGCUUCCGGACCCCUAAGCAGUCCGCAUGAUGCAGUCAAUGGAAUAAGUAUUCCACUCAAAAUGAAAGGACUACUAUUCUGUAUUUUUGCCAUCAUGAUGCUCACACCUGUUCAAGGUGAGGAUGAAGAGCAGCUAGAGCAGCUUAUGGAGUCAGUGGAAUUUGAGGAAGAGGAAGAGUUUCUGGAGUGUUUCCGUUGUGACCUGGGCUUCUGGGAUGCCUGCUACACCACCGAAACCAACUGCAGCCACGGGGAGCUCUGCUACACGGGCAGAGGGAAGGCAGCUGACACUCUGGACAUUAAGACUUUAGGUUGUGUGAAGGCAGAAGAGUGCAGCGUGGAAACCACAGUGGAGCUCUUCUCUAACAAAACAAUCUUUGUCAUGACCAAACACUGCUGCGACACGCCCUUCUGCAACACAUCACACAAACUUCCAAUAACCACACUUUUGUAUCUCAUUAUGGCCGUCCUAACUUCCUGGCACCUCACUGAAGCCUCAACGGGAUCACAAUAAACAACUUGCAUUUAUUUAUGUUGUCAAAACAAAGAGGAGAAGACUGUGUGAAGUGAUGCUGAAAGGACUUGAACCAUAUGGUGAAGAAAAAUCACCAGCUCUGCAGACUUUUUGUACUAUCCAAUAGACUACUGAAUUAGAAAAACACUAUUUAGAUAAUUCUGGCAUUAACAUAUUAAUUUAGAAAGACUUUAAUCCAACCAAGCUGUUGUGUCUCAUAUUCAACAUGGUAUUUCUACUGAACCAAACACAAGAAGAAAUCAAGCUGCUACAACAUAAACCUCUACAACAUAUGCAGUAUGACACAUAUUUCAGUCAUACUGUAUACGUAUUAUAGUAUAAUAUAUUUCUUGUCAUGUAUUUAGAUAUAUGUAUCCUGUCUGUAGGUAGAACAUCAGUAAAAGCCUGACCAACUGAAAACAUUAGACAGUGAAUGAACAAACUGACCACAGAGCUGUAGAAAUGUGUGCAACUGCAGCAGAGCCGUUCAGCUGUGGUUCAGCAGCUCCCCAGCAGAGGGCAGGAACUCCUCUUUCAUGAAGUGCUGAAGGUCCAAAUCUUUGUCCUCCAGGUCGAGGCUCAGGAACUUCUCCACCACAGACCUGCACCUGUCGGUCACACUCUGCUUCACUUACACUGCUCUCUGUGUUGGUUUUCAUUGUCAUUCUGUGAUACUAGAGUUUAACAAACCUCUUUGCCUGCUCAUCCGAUGAUGCUUUGUCAAUACGUUUGAUGGACCUUCCUGUCCGGUACAGUUCAGACACCUGAGUAAACACACACAGCCACAAACAGUCAGUCUAUGUCAGCAUACUACUGUUUAUCUCUGUGUGUGUGUGUGUGUGUGUGUGUGUGUGUGUGUGUGUGUGUGUAUGUAUCCGUGUAUGUGUUUACCUCAACUCCUCUCUGUACAAGGCUGAUUGGCAAGCCUGCCAAUGUAGCGAUGUUGGCAGCAUAGCUGGACUGACAGAUCCCUUCCUUGAGUUGGUACAGAAACACCAACUCAUCCCCGUCCACUGCUGUCUCUAGAGUCUAACACACACACACACACACACACACACACACACACACACACACACACACACCCACCUAAAACUCACAUACGCAAAUAAACUUAAACAAGCUAAAACAAAUCUCAA